AGGGGUGGGGUGAGCCCCAUGAUCUGGGCAGGAGGCGGUGGGGGCCAGUGUGCAGCGAGAGGCAGGGAAGGCUCCCUGCAGGAGGAGAGGUUUGGGCUCUGGGGGGCGGAUGUGUUGCAAAGUGUCUCCCUUGACUUAAGUUGUGUGCGGGCUCUGGGCAGGCUGCCUGGAUCUCUGGUUGGGUCCCAGGUGUCAGCUAACUGCCCUCUCAGGCCUUAUUUGCGGGGCAGGGAGAUGGAGGGUCUCCCGGGUCCUGGGUGGAGCUGGCCAGAGCUGCUGCCCGCCUGGAGUUUUGCCCCCACUUUCGCCUGGUCCCUGGACAGUCCCCCCAGUGCUGUUUGCCAUUCCCCACCCUGCCACGUGCGGAGCCACGAGCCAAAGCCACUUCCCUUCUCUGAUGUCCCCCCACCCCCACUGACUGGACGUACAUCCUGUCCCUGGCCAGAGGGGCAGGCUAGGGGGCCUUGAGUCACAGUGUCCUGGGGUCAGACCAAGGCUCCACUGCAGAAGCUGCCGGGCAGAGGCUGUGGAGAGCUCCCGCCACCUUGGCCGUGUGCACCGCCCACCCACUGGCCCACCGUCAGGGGCACCGAGCACCGCCUCUUUCCCCGUGCGAGCCCAGAGCUGAAGCGCUGCGGCAUGGCGCGCGGCUGCCUCCAGGGCGUCAAGUACCUCAUGUUCGCCUUCAACCUCCUGUUCUGGCUGGGAGGCUGCGGCAUCCUGGGGGUCGGCAUCUGGCUGGCCGCCACGCAGGGGAACUUCGCCACCCUGUCCUCCUCCUUCCCUUCCCUGUCGGCCGCCAAUCUGCUCAUCGUCACCGGCACCCUGGUCAUGGCCAUCGGCUUCGUGGGCUGCAUCGGGGCCAUCAAGGAGAACAGGUGCCUCCUGCUCACCUUCUUCGUGAUGCUGCUGCUGGUGUUCCUUCUGGAGGCCACCGUCACCAUCCUCUUCUUCGCCUAUACAGACAAGAUCGACAGGUACGCCCAGCGAGACCUAAAGAAGGGCCUGCACCUGUACGGCACCCCAGGCAACGUGGGGCUCACCAAUGCCUGGAGCAUCAUCCAGACCGACUUCCGCUGCUGUGGCGUCGCCAACUACACCGACUGGUUUGAGGUCUACAAUGCCACGCGCGUGCCCGACUCCUGCUGCCUGGAGUUCAGCGAGAGCUGCGGGCUGCACGCGCCCGGCACGUGGUGGAAGGCGCCAUGUUACCAAACGGUGAAGAUGUGGCUGCAGGAGAACCUUCUGGCCGUGGGCGUCUUUGGACUGUGCACGGCACUGGUGCAGAUCCUGGGCCUGACCUUCGCGAUGACCAUGUACUGCCAGGUGGUGAAGGCCGACACUUACUGUGCGUAGGCUGCCCGCCGCCUGCCACCCUGCUUCGCUGCCAAAGGAUGUCGCCCUCCAGAGAUGACCUCGGGGGCUCUGCACCAGCCUGGGCAUGGGGGACGGGAUGAGUGGGCAGCCGGGGCCCCUAGGAUCCCUGGCCAGGUCUGAGCACUGGGACAGAGGAGGUGGCUGAGUGCUGGCCACUUGCCGGGGCUGGGGGCUUCUGGCGCUUUUCACUUUUACAUCCAUGUAUUCUCCAGAGCAGUGUUUGCCCCCGGGACCCCGUCCAGGGCAGGGGGCGGUGGUCAGGGGCCUACUGCUGGUCCUGGUGCUUAAGGUGGGGCUGCAGCCCCGUCACCCACAUUCCACGUGGGGCCCCGGCAGGUUCCUGCACACCUUAAUAAAAUGUGGGCAGCAGCCCCCACCACCCGCCUAA